UGAGUGUGUGAGUGUUUGUGUCAAAAACAGAGACAACGCCAGCAUCUUCUGGAGCUGCUGUCCACUGGCUUGAAAACGCUGGAAAACAUUGAAAAGUAUUGCAGUCUGCCAUGUAUCAUCUGAAACUGUCCUCCCAGAUCCUGAUCUUCCUUGUGAUGCUGCAUUGUGUCGCCACAGUCCCUCACAACAGGUACUCCCUUUCGUCCAAUGAGCAGCCAGAUGACUUGCAAGAGGCCGAUGGAUGGCUGGUUAGAGAUGAUCUAUCUGACAAUCCCUUUGUGAGUUUUACAAGGCAACGGUCCCCAAGGGGUCCCAGUGCAGUGAACAGUCAUCACAUCGAAAAGAGGAGGUGCAAUACAGCCACCUGCGUGACUCAGAGAUUAGCAGAUUUUCUCAUCCGAUCCAGCAACACCAUCGGCACCGUCUAUGCGCCAACCAACGUCGGAUCCAACACUUACGGAAAGAGAGACCUGCUGCAGUCGCCUGUUUACCUGCCACUAUAGUUCAAAUGGCAACACAGUUGGGGGCUCGUCCGGGAUUUGAACCUGGGACCUCUUGCUCCCCAAAGCGAGAAUCAUACCCCUACAGUAAAAUAAAUGUAAUAUGUAUGAUAAUGAAGAAAAUUAAUCUGUUUGUAUGUUAUUGCAUUUGUUUUCAUUUUUAUUUGAUUUUUUUUUUCUUUUCUUUUUUCCCAGUGUACAUGAAAGCCAGUGCCUUUUGGUGUAAACAGUUGUUUGCAGCAUCGGUUUCUGUAAACCUUGCAUGACAAUAAGGUUCUCAGACAACAUACAGUGUUUUGCAACACGCUAUCAUGAUGGCACAUGAUUAAAAUGUAUUAUAAAAAGUACAUGAAUAGCAAAGAAGAACUGACAUUUUGUUUUGAUUUUUCUAAUAAAAGAAAAAAGAUAAUCCACUUCUCUGCUCAAUGUCAUUACAAUAAGGUCAAUAAACCCAUAGUCUUCAAGAUUGUUUGUUUAUUACUGCUGGUCAAAUUUCAAAGCAAUACAGCAAGUAUGACUUAUCUUUUAAAACUGUCAUUUUUAAACCACAGUCAUUCAUUUUUGUUAAAGAAAGUGAUACUGGAAAUGUGGUUAAAUAUACCACAACCAUUAGCCAUUAUAACUCUGUCUGACACCAUCUGAUUAGAUGUGGAGCUUCGCCAUAUCUCUGUUUUCAUGAACACACAGAUAAGUUAAUGCAUGCCAACAUCAAGUGGUUGCAUACAAUGAUUACUGUAGGCUAUUAUAGCCAUAAAAGACAUUCAAUUUUUGCACCAUUCUAGCUCAUUAUAGACCUCUGCUCUGACUCUGACUAUCUAAAAAGAGUUCUUGCUUAUAAGGGCAUCUGCAAUACAUACAAAACCACAUGCUGAUGGUAAAACUGAGGAGGUAAAAAAAGGCAUUGAAAACAGUAACAGAGAAAACAGUUUGGGAAAGUAAAUACAGAUGUGGACAAAAUUGUUGGUAUCCUUGAUAAAUAUGAAAAAAACAAAACAAACAAAAAAAAAAAAACUGAAAAUAAAUCUGCAUCAUUAAUCCUUUAGUUUUUUUUUUUUUUUUUUUUUUUUUUUUCACAAAAUUUUAACCUUUCAUUGAAGUAUAAGAAUUUAAAAUGGGGGGUAAAUCUCAUUAUGAAAUAAAUGUUAUUCUCUAAUACAUGUUGUACACAAUUAAUGGUACCCUUAGAAAUUCUUAUGAGUAAAAUAUCUCUGAAGUAUAUUCCCAUCCAUAUUUACAUUUUUAGCACACCAGGGUGACUAGGAACAUGAAAUUAUCCAGCCAUGACUUGAAAUUUACCCCCCAUUUUAAGUUCAUACUUCAAUGAAAAUAUUAGAUUUUUGUGAAUUUUUUAAAUAAAAGAUCUAAAGGAUUAACGAUGCACAUCUAUUUUCACAGGCUUUUUUGUUCAUAUUUACCAAGGGUACCAACAAUUUUGUCCACGUCUGUACAAACACUUUUUAUUGGCUCUUGUACCGUGACGUAUAGGUCAAAGUUAAAGAUGAAGAUCUAGGACCAGACUUUUACCUGCUUAACAUUCAGUUCAUGAACAAAGAACUAGAUUUACUGGGACUGGCAGCUAAGCUUGCAAGUCAGUAUUUGAGAAUGCACAUUUCCUUUUUAUUUCAAAUAUUUUUGAGUGAAUUUUAAGUAAAUGUUGUGUAAAUAAAUUUAAUUUGUGCAAUAAAUUUAAUUUGAGCACAUCCCAUAUAAUAAUAAAAAAAAAAAAUCCAGUCAACAACAGUUAUUAUCCAGGAACCUUUGCGUAAUAAUGUUUAAAGAUUAUUGUUUUAAUAUUUUUUAAUGAAUUUUUAUGAAAGAAGUUGUUAAAAAUGUUAAUUGUUGAUUGUUUUUAACUGUUGAAAAUUGUUAAAUAAUUAAUAAAUCUUUAUGUCAACUAUAAGUAAUUAUAUGACUGGCCUUUGAGCAUCUUGCUUUAUCAGGAAAUUGGUCAGUUGUGGAAGUUAUUAUGUAUUAUAGAUCACUAUUGCUAAAUUUUCAUUGUGUCAUAUGAAGACUAGGUCAUUUUCUCUUUAUAAUUUCACUGCCUACACUAAAAGAUUUCUGUUAGUGGUUUCUAUUGGUUCCUGUUCUAAUGCUGUGGAAUAUGUGAAAGGUCUCAUGCAAAAUGAAUGUAUUAUUUUUAUUAUGUAUUAUUUUUUAAAAUACAACUUUGACUUGAUUCCUGGAAAUAAAUGUAAGAAUAUGAUAUUGUAUCCAGAUGGUGCAUUUCAUUGUAUAUAGUUUGCAAAUAAUAGCAUUGCUAAUUUCAGCUAAUUGAGAAAAAUGCUGUCAGAGAUAUCAGAAAUAAAAAAUAAAAUAAAAUGCACAAAAAGUAGUGUGAAAAUGUCUUCUCCUUUGACACCCGUUUCAAUAUGAUAGCCAACUCUAAAACAAAACAUCUCUGUCAUCAUCAGUGACUAUCAUUUUGUCCACAUGUUUGAAUUGGCAAUCACAUAGAAUAUUCUGUUCAUUUUUCCUCUUCUUUUUGAUGGUGAAUGUCAACUGGUGUGAGCCGUCACACACAUUCUGUGGCUGCUCUAAUAAAAAGAUAUUAUUGAGACAGAAAUAGA